UACUGCCAUGUGUUUGUAAAUAAUUGGGAAUACUGUUGAAAAAGAAAUUUCAUCUAACAUGAAUCUUCUUCCUAAGACCCACAAGGAGUUCAGCGAAAAAGAUUACUGGAAUAAGUUUUUUAAGAAACGCGGCAAUAAAGCAUUUGAAUGGUACGGCGAAUAUUUAGAACUGUGUGGACAUCUCCACAAAUAUAUAAAGCCAAAAGAUGCAAUACUUAUCACAGGUUGUGGAAAUUCAAGUCUCAGCGCUGAUCUUUAUGAUGUUGGUUAUACAAAUAUAACUAAUAUAGACGUAUCUGAGGUUGUUAUAAGACAAAUGACUGCUACAAAUGCAGCUCGCAGCAGUAUGAAGUUUUUACAUAUGGAUGCAUUAAAUAUGACCUUUGAAAAUGAUGUUUUUAAUGUUGUGUUGGAUAAAGGUACUCUAGAUGCACUAAUGCCAGAUGAUUCAAAAGAAACAAAUGAAAGGAUAGAGAAGUAUUUUUCUGAAAUAAAAAGAGUGCUAAAGCUUGGCGGUCGUUUUUUAUGUAUAUCAUUACUUCAAACACAUAUUUUAAAUAAGUUGGUUAAGGAAUUCUGUGACAAUUCAUGGAUGUUUCGCAUUGUAAGAUGUCAUGAGGCAGAACAAAAGAAUAGUGAGAAUGGAGAUGGAAAUACUUUACCUGUGUUUGUUGUUGUUGCUACUAAGUUCAAGGAAUUGCCUAAAUUGAUAAUAGAAGUGUGCAUGGCCGGAGAGAAAAUGAUCAGGCUGGAUACUCCGCAAGAGUUACAGGAUUGUGUGAAAUCUGUGCAGGACACAGCAUUUGUUACUAAUGGACUUGCUAAAACUAAUCUAGACGAAGAUGAUGAGGUAUCACUUGAUUUGAUGCAACCGGGUGAGGAGACACCUCGGUAUACCCUGUAUGUUGUGGAUCAGAAGCGUACUCAGGCCGCCAACAAGUAUGCUGUCUUCAUUGUGCCACAAGGCAGGGAAUCGGAGUGGUUGUUCGGUACGGCAGCGGGUAGACGGCAGCUGCAGCAGUCGGCCAAGUUCUCCCGGCUGGCGGUGGCGCUGUUGCGACGCGGUCAUAUCUACGACAGCCUCGACGCUGUCAAGGAAGAGUUGGCGCAUUCUGCUAAGAUGCUUGCCCCUAACGGGUUUGCGGGACAGAUCCCGUUCCUGUCAGUGGGUAGUGACGUGGGGCGGCGGGUGAAGGUGGAGGAGGGCAGCUCCAAGGUGUCGGGCGACUUCGUGGUGGAGGACGUGGAUGUGCAGGGCGUCUCCUACCGCCGCCUCGUCUUCCUCGACAAUCAGUUCUUAGUGCAAUCGGAGGCUAAACUUAAAACUGUAAAAAAGAAGAACAAAAUCCGUACAGUGAUCGACUUUGGUCACAUAUCUACAUAUCAUACGUUCAUGUGUGUGGGGGCACAGCUGUGCCCCGCGGGGCGCGUGGCUGUGCUGGGUCUGGGAGGGGGGAGUCUCUGCAUGUUCCUCAAGAAGUGCUUCGAUGAUCUGAAGGUCACCGCCGUAGACAUCGACCCUGCGAUGUUGGACCUCGCUCGGAAACACUUUCAUCUCGAAGUGGAUGACAGACUUCAAGUACAGAUUAAAGAUGGACUUGAUUUCUUGAAAGAUGAAGCGAAGAAAGGUGAUCAUUACGAGGUGGUGAUGUUCGACAUGGACAGCAAGGAGAGGACCCUGGGCCUGUCCUGUCCUCCACCACACUUCCUGCACGACCACGCCCUCGCCCACGUCACAGAACUGCUGCACAACCACGGUCAUUUCAUACUAAACCUGGUAUGUAGAGAUGUGAAACUCUACGAAUCUAUACUAAACACUCUGAAACGUCACUUCAAACAUUUAGCUACUGUGAAAUUGUAUGAAGAAGUGAAUGAAAUCGUAUUUGCUACGAACAGCAACAAGCCAUACAAUACCGAGGACCUCGAGACAGCUGCUAAAGGUCUGAAUGCGAGAGCGAGACAGAAGAAUCUUGUGAAUAUAAAAUGUGUAGAUUUGAAAGAUUUUUUACAAUCAUUGACUAUAGUUUCCUGAGGUCCGGUCAGUCGUGGACUCUAAUUGUGAGAUUUAUAUCAGUGUAGUUAAUAUAAAUGUUUAUGUUUUUAAAUGUUGUACAUUGUUGGAACGAAGUUCCUUAUCGCGCG